GAUUUUUUUUGAGAGAUUUCAAAGGGCUUAAGUGUAGGUUUGGAAAGGUAUGGCUAACAAAGAAUCAAGUGAGCUGGGGAAUUUACCAACAUCCCCAAUGGCUAAGCGGGCCGGAACGUGUGUAGAAGAACGGCUACCCCUCUUUAUCGCCUUGAGAUAUCGUGAGCUGGCCUAUGGUUUUGAUGUGAAUUACAAUAAACAACUUCCGCCUACAUUAGUUCCAGUUCCGUCUACUUGGAGUAAAAAUUAUGUUAUCGGUCUUUAUGGUAGGAUUGGACUCCUAUGCUACAAUCUUCAGAAGGGAACAAACUUUAAGUUUAAACGCUUGGAGAAACAUAGUACCGAGCUGACUGGGUACUUCAGCUACUACAUAACUUUGGAGGCAACCGAUCCGGCCACUGGCUCUGUCUGCUCUUUUCAGACUCAGUUUAGCGAUGCAGGAAGCCGCAUUUCGUUGGGGGCUAGGAUUACCUGGUUUACCAUAGCCUCCAGAAUCAAACAAAUACCUAACGAGCCUGUAGAUGAUGAAUGGGAGGAGGAGGACACACCUGGAAUAAAUGAGUUCUACAAAGGUCCAAUGCCCAAAUGGUUUUCUGAUGAAGCCUUGGAACGUGACAGUAAAAAGUAUUACGUGGUGACAGAGUCAGAGCUGCAUGACAAUGACUGGCUUCAACUUCUCAUGGAAGUCGCCUUCUUCUCCAAAGCAGAUCGUGUAUUGUUUGGAUGCUUACCUACCCUUGGAGCUCAACAGUGUUGUUGUGGAAACUUUGGAAGAUUACACAACAGAGCCGAGUGAGAAGCUCAAAGCUGAUAACGUAAUCUUCUACAUUAGUUACAAGUGUUGCUCUGAUCCUUCAACGCCUUUGGCUGGUGAUCACCGUGCUGUAGUAAGGAAAACCAUGGAUGGCAAACCAGGCCACAUGUGUCUUGAGGUUGCUCUUACCAAAGAACAAGAAUGAAGAAGAGUUAUUCAUGUUUGCCUAGAUCAAAAAAUCCAGAAGCUUUUGUUUUAAGAAAAAAAAUUAUUGAUCGAAACACUUUUAAUUUUUAAAAUCUAUGGUAGGAGUCAAAUCUUAGUUAGCUGUCUCAUACCAUAUGUGUUUUGGGUCAGCUUGAUAGUAUAAACCCUUUUUUCUUGCCU